GAGCGUCAUGACGUCGUAAAAAUGUAAACUGACGUUUUCCACGUCAGUCUCCCACUGGGUGUUUAUUGUUUGAGGCUGGGCUGCAGUCAACUGCAGGCAGGAUGUUGCGUCUUCGCUGUAAGACCAAAAAUGGCAGCCACAUAAUGCAGGGCUUGACUCAUCAGUCCUGUGUGCAAGAGCUGAAGAGUAAGGUGGAGGAGCUGACCGGUAUCCCCUGUGAUGUGCAGAAAAUUAUGGUUGGGUAUCCACCCUCCAGCCUUGAUCUUCAAAAUGGAGACGCUCACCUCAAGGACUACCCCAUCAAAUCAGGAGACACACUCAUAGUUGAGGAAGAAAAGAACAAGCCAAAGCCUCCUCAGGAUCAUCCCACUGUGACUAAAGCUCCACGCCUGGAAGCCUCACCCACGCUGGCCCGUCGAGUGGUCCCAGCUGACAACUCCUGCCUCUUCACCAGUGUAAAUUAUGUGGUGGAAGGUGGUGUAUAUGACCUCGCCUGUGCCCCCGAUAUGCGAGGCCUCAUCGCCCAGAUUGUAUCGAGUGACCCCGCGGCGUACUCCGAAGCGGUGCUGGGAAAGACCAACGAGGAGUACUGCACUUGGAUAAGACGCGACGACACCUGGGGGGGAGCCAUCGAGGUGUCCAUCAUGUCCAAGUUCUACCAGUGCGAGAUCUGCGUGGUGGACACUCAGACGGUCCGAGUGGAUCGAUUCGGGGAGGACGCCGGCUACCACAAACGCGUGCUGCUCAUCUACGACGGCAUCCACUACGACCCGCUGCAGAAGGAAACGCCCGGCUCCGACGCUCCGCCCCACACAAUCUUCUCCACCACGGACGACGUAAUCCUGGCGCAGGCCCUCGAGCUCGCGGACGAUGCUCGCCGCAAGCGUCAGUUCACGGACGUUAACCGCUUCGCGUUGCGCUGCAUGGUGUGCCAGACGGGCCUGGUGGGACAAAAGGAAGCCCGGGAGCAUGCCAAGGAGACGGGCCACACCAAUUUUGGGGAAGUGUGAACACUGUUUUUGUCUUUUCUGCCUCGUUACAAAUACAAAUACAACCACAACCCGUCUGGAGACUCCGUUGGUCUCUUGUCAAUCUGCUUGUGUGAUCCUCUACCUCACAUUGUCCAGCGACAUCUAAUGGAGAAUCAGCAGAACACUGUGUUCAGCCUCUAACCUGUUUAGUAUUUCUUUUUAACUGCUGUCAGUUCUCAUGGUCCGAAACACGACUGCAGUACUCGGAUGUCUUCAAACCAUAUUUUUAGUCUGCUGGGAUGGUUUCAAGUCGGUCAGACUGGGUCAAGUAAAAUAUGCAAACCUUUCUUAGGAUAUGUUUUAAUCUCUUUGGGUUACUCGACGGCUUGGUUGUAUUGAUGACUAACCAAAUGGCAGCUCACAUAUUGCCAAUUAGAAAAUGCACCAAAUUGCCAAUACUUACCUGUGACUGACUAAACUUAUAUUUUAUAAAACCUCGCUAUCUGGCUCUAGAAAGAGUUUAAAACAACCAUUGAGAAUUAUUUGCACUACGAUGAGAUCCUAUUCACUGUUGUCUUAAGCGCAGCACACAAAAGAAUGACUUAUCAUCAUUUUGGUUACGUAGCAUGUUUUUCUUUUUGGACUGAUUCAUGUCAAACUCUUCCAUUUUAAGAAAAGAAAAAAAGAAGAUAGUUUGGUUAAUUGUAGCUGUACGAAUUGUUGAGCACAGUUGGGCUGUGUUCAUGCUGAACUAGAUUGGUCUUUAUUCAAACGGGACAUCUCUUUGGAUCUACUGAGCCGUGGGAUUGAGGUUAUGCAUCUUCAAAUAUAAUAACGUUCAGCACCCAAAGUUUGCCUGAUUUACUCAUGUCUUUUGUUUUUUGUGAACUUAUUUUAGAUCAGGCAAAAAAAAUAAUGGUGCCGAAACAACAUUUUACAAGUUCUGUAGCGCCGUUACCCCUUAUGGGUACGACAGUAUUUCAGGAGUAUAUUAUUUUAACUUUAGUGUCAUUUUCAAGUCAUCAUGCUGUUAUCUUAUAAAAAAAUAAAAAAAAUUAGAGUAUUGUUUUUAUGCUGCUGCAUAUUGAUUUUAAACACUAAAGAGUGAUGAGGGGUUUGUAUUUCAGGACACAAGUCAUGGAGAGGGUGGUGGCCGAGUGAGUAUAAGACGAGCUGUAUAUCCUCCUCACUUACGACGUUUACUGUUCAGGUACAGUCCACACAUCAUGUACUUAUCAGCAUUAACCAUUUGUCUUUUGCAAUUUAAAUGUUCACCUUUUUUAUACUUGCAGCCCAAAAGUAUUUCUCCACGAGUCGAAGACCCUUUGGUUUAAUAUGUUGUGCAUGUUGUCCAAAAAACACAAAUGCCAUUUUGUUCCACUGUCUUUUGCACAACUGGAGCAUGUUUUCACGUUUAAAAGUCGAGCAGCAUCAUCAUCAUCAUCUCCUCUGAAACUCACUGCCUGUAAGGAUGAAGCAUUCAUUUACUUGUGUUCAACCACGGGUCAAAGAUGUUAAAUUGAAGGAGGACAUUAAUAUAUUUUUGGGGGUUAGCCCACAUCUUUAUGGCCUCAUGUUGUGCAGAACCUGUGUUUCUACUUCACAUAUCUGUGAUGGCAAUAUUGGGAACUAGUGUGUGCGAAAUAAUUUAAGUUUAACAAUGGAGGGGACUUGAUUUGGGUUUGACUUCGAGAUGGUGUUGGAUAUUAACAAAAGGAAAAGCUCAAAUGAAUUACGAUGUAUUAUUUCCUCUGUUGCCUUUUCUGUAGUUUUUUUUUAAAUUUAAUUUUAGGAGGGGUUAUGGAUUUGUCAGCUGACUCAAAAGUGAAACUAUUGAAAUGGCUUUGUUGUAUUUUGUAUUCACCAAGUUCUCAAGACUCUUCAAGGACAAUAACGAUGAAUGUUGCACACAAAGCACUGCAGAAUAACUGGAUUUACUUGAUUAUUUUUCAGUGUUGUCACAAUUAAAAGUUAUAGCCGA